AUGGCUUCCAAAUUUACCUUUAUAAUUUUCUUGUUUGCGAUUCUCUGUCUAUUGAGUCACGUCGAUGCGAAAAAGGCUAUUGGCUCAGUCAAAGUUGUUGUCCUUGAUGGUGAGGAAUUGGCUGACAAAGAUCGAGGAGCCGACCUCAGCGACCCGUAUGUUAGGUUAUGGAUUGAUGGAAAUUCUAAAAAAACAACGACUGUUAAAAAAAACACUUUAAACACUUAUUGGGGUGAAACUUUCUUCUUCAAGUAUUAUCCGGGACCUCACAAGCUCCAUGUCGAAGUUUGGGAUCGUGAUUAUGGUCGAGACAAAGAUGAUCUGAUGGGUAAGGCCGUUGUCAAUUUGGACAAUUACUGUAAACCUACCGCAGCGGCACCGGUGUGUUCUGUCGAUGGCGUGUUUGCCGAGUUUGAUGAUUCACAUUUUAAUUACGUCUUGCUGGACCUUACAUGGAGUUUGUUCUAG